ACAACCUGCCGGGUAUUUGCUUACAACUAAGUUUCAUCACAUUUUGAACGUAUAAUACCUAUUUAAAAGAUAGAAAUUAUGACUAACGAGACGGUGGAAUAUGAUAAAGUUGGAAAAGCUUUAGAGCUUAAAUAUACGAUUGACGGUUUGCUUGGAAUGGGUGCCUUUGGUGACGUCUACAAAGCCAAGUGUACGGAGGAUGAGAAAACUUAUGCUAUCAAAGUCCUUCCGUAUGGCGAUGAGGGCAAACAAAAGUAUCAAGAACGAGAAUUAAAACUACUUACAAAAAUGAAACUGUCAAAUACAUCUGGCUCAAAUGUUAUCAAGUAUUUCAAAAGUUGGCUUUUACGCGUUAGCGAUGGAGGUUAUCGACUGUGUAUUCAAAUGGAACUCUGUUCGUUUAACUUACGAACUUUCGUCUCUAAACACGAGAAUGGCAUGAAAUUUAUCCAAGAUUCGCUCUUUCAUCGACAUGUAUUUCAUCAAAUUUUAAAUGGCCUUGUUUUCAUUCACUCAAUGUAUUGGGUGCAUCGCGAUAUUCACCCAGGUAAUAUUCUCAUUGUUAAUCCAAACCCACAACAAAUAACUGAUAUUCAUGUCAAGAUCGCUGACUUUGGACUUGCUAGGAAUAUGGAUCUUAAAAUUAAAUUAAAAGUUUUGCCUACGGGAGAAAUCGGCCAUGAGAAUGAGGAACUAACGCAAUUUUAUUUAUUCUCGAAUUGUGCGUACAUGGCACCGGAGCUUGCCACUAAUAAUUAUGAUUUCAAAGUCGACAUGUAUAGUGCAGGAGUCGUGCUGUACUUCAUCAGCUGUUUUCCACUGAAAUCAGAUGAUCAGUCAAAAUUGAAGUCAGAGAUCGAAGAGCUAAGACAAGGCCGUCGUGACAUAAGAGAAUGUUUACAUCACAAGAGCGACGAAAUAUUAAGCCGUCUCAUAUUAGGGUUAAUUCAAGAAAAUCCAAAAGCACGCUUCAGUGCCCAUGACGCUAGGAACUUCAUGUCUUCUCAAGAAGCAAAUGAUUUACCUGACGGGAACGAAGCCAUGGUUAUUUCACCUGCAAUUGACUGCAGUCAGGCAUCGAAGAUCACGUUCAUUGCAAGAGUAGAAAAUGAAGAGCAUGUUCAUUUCUGCGUUAUAAAAGAACUCACAUUAUCCGCAAUAAGAGCAGAAGUUGAACGAAAUACUAACGUGAAAGCCGACCAACAAGCUCUUUUUAUCAAGCGCAAGAUCAAUAAUGAAGAUAUGCUUAUCAUUAUCAAAGAUGAUGAAGACGUCAAGAAUAAUUUCCAGGACGCAGCAGAUAAACAUUAUGAGAUCGUGAUGGUAGUUGAACAAAGAGAGAAUAUUCAAGAAAACAGCAAUGAAACAAGUCAAAACAACUCUGGAGAUACGACUAUGGUGUCUACCGAAUGAUAGAACGAAGUUUGUUUUAGAUACAAAGAAUAUUGCAUGAUUGAAGAUGAGAUUGUUAUAUUCUUAUACUCCAAUAUAAAUGAGCUUUGGUCAGGAUUUGGUCAAUAUAUUUGAGGACAGGAAGGUUGAAAUGACCAAAUGAACUGCCGAUAGGCUACAUAAUAAAAUUUGAAUUCUUUUAAAUUAUUAAUUGGUUUCCAAUUUCAUAUUCAUAUCUGUUUUGUGAUUUUACAGUUUGUUGUAACUUGUAAACUAUUUUAAUGUAACUUGCUUAUUAAUUUUAAUACUUUA